AUGUCCACGCAGACUCAAACCAAUACGGAGACUUUUGUCCUCCAAGCUAGACCUCCAGCUAAGUCGACUUCGAAGGAACCGACUAUCCCACGAGAGUCAGAGGCUGAAGAACCACGACAGCAAAAAUGGCAGUAUCCCAAGAUCAUCAGCGCAGGAUUUUCAUUUUUCGUAGCUGGGGUAAACGAUGGCAGUCUCGGUUCACUCAUUCCCUACGUGAUACGCAGUUAUUCAAUUGACACGAAUAUGGUCGCUAUCCUAUACGGCGUGACAUUCUUCGGCUGGUUCCUCGCCGCGAUAUCCAACAGUUUCAUCUGCCAACAUCUCGAUCUAGGCAUGAUUCUUCUCCUCGGAGCCGCCCUACAAGUUCUCGCCCACAUCUUGCGUUCCUGGCUCCCUCCCUUCCCACUCUACGCGGUAACAUUCUUCCUCGUAAGUCUCGGCCAAGCGUACAAUGAUACGCACGCGAAUACCUUUGUAACUUCCGUGCGCGGAGCCCAUCGCUGGCUCGGCUUCAUACAUGCCAUGUACAUGGGCGGCUGUCUAGUUGGACCCUUUGUCGCAACGGCCGUAGCAUCGGCUACCACACCGUCAAAAUGGAAUCUAUUCUACAUUUUCCCAUUGGGGAUUGGAGUCAUGAAUAUGGGUUUGGUGUGCGCAUCGUUCCAUGAUCGAAUGGUCCUGUCACCGAAGAGGAAAGCGAGAUCGGAUACUGCCGAGAGCGAAGAAUCAGAGUCCAAGGGGAAGACUGCAUGGAAGGAGAUCAAGGCCACGCUUUCCUUGCCGGGGGUGUGGUUGUUGAGUCUGUUCUUCUUUUUCUUCCUUGGUGCGGCUAUUACUGCCGGUGGAUGGAUUGUCGAGUACCUCGUCAAGGUCCGCAAUGGAGAUCUCAAAGAUAUGGGUUAUGUCCCGGCCGGGUUAGCUGGGGGUGGGUUUUUAGGUCGUCUGCUUCUUGCAGAGCCAACUCAUCGGUUGGGAGAACGUCGUAUGAUAUUCUUAUACGCCGUGCUGUGUGUUGGAUUGCAACUUGUGUUCUGGCUGGUUCCAAAUAUCAUCACCGAGGCCGUUGCAGUGAGUCUUCUAGGCUUUUUCUCCGGUCCCUUCUUCGCGACUGGCAUCUCUGUCGGGUCCAAGAUCUUCCCUCCAGAAAUAGCCUCCUCGGCGAUCGCAUUCGUCUUCGUCCUUGGCCAAAUCGGCGGGUCUAUAUUCCCCGCCAUCACCGGUGUCAUUGCCGCCCAGGUCGGCGUCAAGGUUCUACAGCCGAUAUUGGUAGGACUGUUCGCUGCUGCAGGAAUCAGCUGGCUAUUCCUCCCAAAGGAUCUUGAACUUCAUCGGGACUAG